UCCAAUAAUCUACACGAUAUAAUCAUUACGAUAAAACUUAUUAUAAGUAGAAUCGACGUGCAUAUACAAGUAACUUGCUAAAAUGAAGUGCCUGCUGUUGUUCGUUUGUAUGGGUGUGGUGGCCGCGGCUCCUCAGCUGGCUGUGGAGUCCAUCUUGACUAACUACCAUGAGCUGAUCGGUAUACCUGAAGCGGCCAGGAUCAAGGCAGCCGAGGAGGCGAGAGACUUCGAUGGAGCGAGGAUUGUUGGCGGCCAGCUAUCUGCUCUAGGCGCUCAUCCUCAUCUUGGGGGGCUACUCGUCACUCUAACGACAGGCCAGGUAUCCAUGUGUGGGUCGAGUCUGCUCAGCAACACGAAGUUGGUGACGGCCGCCCACUGCUGGAGGACCAACAGCUUCCAGGGUCGAUCGGUGGAGGUGGUGCUGGGGUCGUUGAACCUGUUCAGCGGUGGCACCAGGGUCACUACCACUAACGUGGAGUUGCACGCCAGCUAUAACGCUAACAACUUGAACAGUGAUGUCGCCAUCAUUACCAUCCCAUGGGUGGCGUAUUCCAACACAAUCAACAAAAUUGACCUGCCAUCUGGUUUGCUGCUGUACAUGACAUUCGAAGGCAACUGGGCGCAAGCUGCGGGCUUCGGCAGGACCAGCGAUGCCGCCGCUGGCGCCAACAACCAGGAGCUGAGGGAAGCGAACCUGGUGGUGAUCGCCAACUGGGAGUGCCAGGCCAUCUACGGCAUGCAGGUUGUCAUUGGCUCAACUCUCUGCACCAGCGGAUUUGCUGGUGCCGGCACCUGCUCGGGCGACUCUGGUGGACCGCUCGCGCUGACCUUCAGCGGGGUUAGAUACCUGAUCGGAGUAACGUCGUUCGUGGCAGCCCAAGGUUGUCAGACGGGCUUACCGGCCGGCUACGCCAGGGUCAGCAGCUUCGCCACCUGGAUCAACGCGAGAAUCUAAACCAUCAUCAUCACCACCACUGGGCACUGACAACUAAUUUAUUAUGAUCUGUAAA